AUAAGUUAUGGAAAAAUAUAAAUCUUUUUAAGUGUUUUAUCAGUUCCUGUCCUUCCCAUUCACCCAGGCUGGUUCCACAAGGAGUAAAGUUUGAUUGGAAAAGAAGUGGUGAGAUAUGGUAGAGAUCUGAACUGACUUCCACAUGAGAACCAAUUAAACAGACUGAGGCUCUUCAGGGCAGGAGAGAAAUGGCUGGAGACAAGGUUAUGACAGAUCUCUCUAACAUCAUGGAGUGCAUGGAAAAAAGGUAAAACAUGAAGAGGUGUCAAAAGGUGUUCAUAAACAAAAAGAUGAUUAAGAAGGUUGGACUGCAGGUUUCCUGCAUUGCUUGCCAGACUCCCAGAGUGUGUGAAGGGUGACCAUUAUGUACAGAAAAACUGGAAAAAUAUGGAAGAAUCCUGAUUUGAAAAUUCACCCAGACACUUUUUCAAAUGUUCUGGCUGCUCUGCAGGUGUGUUCUCCAGAAGUGCUGCAGCUGUGGAGCUUUCUGCUGAGCCGUCUCAGCGCUAUGGUUCUUCCCUCUGAGGUUACAACCUCUCCGAGGCUCUCGGGACUGGAACUGCCCUCCCUCACUGCAGCCUGCGAACCCAAACUAUUGGCUGAGGACCUCCUUCCUUUUCCUCACCUCGGUAAGUGGCUACAAGUCAGUGCCGUUUAAAAUUUAAUCAGUCUUGUCCUAACGGGACACAGUUCUUGGAUUUUAACCCACCUUCUACACAAACCACUAAAUUCAGCCACACUGACUGCCUCCCGACAGAACCUUUAUCUCAAGAACCUCUUAAUGAGCUCUCAUUAGCACAAAUUGGCCCUGAAUAUCUCACCACUUCCUAUCGUCUCCUUUCUCUGCAAUCCAUUAGCAUCUGUUAGCAGCCUCGUUUGAACAAUUAAACUUUAAGGUUUCUAGAAACACACAAGAAACACCAGGUUCUACUACUAGAUCUGUGUCUUUGAGAGACCCAGAAAGGGAUUCACAUGGUGCAGCUUACCAGAGCCGAAAUUCUACCUGCACUUCAUUGUCCUCAGAGAAAGAUUUAACAUAGAUUGUUGAAGUCACUGGUAACUCUGCCAGUCUCCAGAUCUCUCUCUUGGAGGUCCCCUGGAAAAGCACUAAAACUCAAUGUCUCAUGUUAAACAGGAGGAAUCUACACCGUUUCCUCACAGCCCAGGGUCACAUUUCUCUGGCUGAUCUCUGCACACAACCUCACCUUCUCCUCAGAGGUGAUAUACCACAGCUUUUUGUUGCCUUUGUUUACAUCCACCUUGGAUGGCUCAAACUGCCCUAAGCAGCUGGAUUUUCUCAUCCACGAGCCUGAGAACAGGUUCUUGUUUAACUGUGUUUCAACCAGCAGCAGGCAAACUCAAACUCUGAGCCAUUACAGUGGGUCCUGAAAGUGUGCUCGUGGAUUAAAGGCUUGAGGGGCCCUGGAAGAUGCUGAUCCCUUGCAGAGAAUAUGAACUCCAUCCCUACUGAAAUCAGGCCCAACAGUAAUUGUGUGGUGUGAUGUGAACUGCUUUUCCUGCUGACUGUGUUUAAAAUCCCCUGAGAAGAAACAGAUCAGAGAUUUUACAGCUGCACAGAGCUUGUGCCUGAACAUUAAUGGCUAUAUUGGCAAGCAGAUGGAAGCUGGUCUUUCUUACUCUUUCCUAAAGAUGUACAGUCUUUGACACUUUGAUAGAUCAGCAGAUUCUCACUCCAUGUUAUAUUCCAGACAUGCAGCUGGGAGACAAUUAAUGUCUGUGAAAGUGAAAAUACUGCACCUUUCUUCCUUUGAAAAGUCUUUACUCUGUCACAUCUUGUAGAAUAACACCCAGAACAGGGAAACAGUGGCUCCAUUCAAGUCUACUGCGAAACUCCCAGGGAUAAAAGCAUCUCAUUCAUAAAGCUGUAAGCACACUUUACUAUAUUUUGUAACCUUAAUUAAUGAAAUUCUCUCAGGACUAGCCAGUGAGAGCAAAAUCUCAACUUCAGCCUUCAUCUGACCAAAAGUCUCCAUUUUGCUGGUACAGGUGUGAAGGUUUUUCUAAUAUCAUACAGCAGGAACAGCCUGUUCCUUUCUCAGUGUAGGGUGCCAUAUUAUUCCUCACCAACUUCAACACCAUUAUGGGAGUAGAUCUUUAUUUACUUGUGGUUGUUUGGGGUUUUUUUCCCCAUAUGUAAAGUUUUAGACACAGUAUUCAUUCCCUUGCUCCGUUUUGUGCAUCCCCCAAAGUGGGUUUCACGUUACAGACGUCAUGUUCAGUAAGGACUGAAUUAUUUGCCUUAAAAUUGACCGUAAUGCUUUAAGUUCGUUGGUUUCUGCUGCUCUUCAAUGCUUUUGCUAAGUUCAGCAAGAGGCUGCGUUUAGGAGAUGGCAAAUUCAGUCCAGAUGCGAGGAAAUGGCUUUGCGUACUUUACCCCUCUUGCUGAAGCAGCCGGGACACUUGGAAACGCGAGUUUAAGGGCGCAGCGCAGUUCUCCCGGGGGUUGUGCAAACUUGGCGCAAGUCCUUUAACUGCGGGCGCUGAAGAAGUUCCCGAAAGGCCGGGCCAGGCGCAGGCUUCGCUCCCCGGCCGCGCUGCGGCAGCGCCGGGGGCGCUCCCGGGGCCGGGCAGGAGCAGCGCGGGGACCCCGCGGCGCUGCCAACCUCGGCGGGCGGCGUCGGGCUCGGUGCGCUUCCCACGAAGAACAGCCCGUGGAGCCAGCCCCGCGCUGAGACCCCGCGGCAGCCCCCCCGCCCCGCCCGGCCCCGUCCCGGGGCGGCUCCCUUGGCUCGGCGCCGCUCGGUCCCGCCUGCCCGGAGCGCUGGGCUUUCCGCGCCGCCCGCCCGCCGCACCGCAGCCCCAUGUCCGCGCUCCCCGCCGGCGCCGACAUCAAGCGGGCUCUGGAGAACAGCCCCGAGACCAACAUCGAGGAUGAGCUGCCCGACGAGCCGCAGCAGCAGCGGCCCAAGAACUACCUGCUCCUCAGCAUCCUCGCCUGCUUCUGUCCCGCCUAUCCCGUCAACAUCGUCGCCUUCGUGUUCGCCGUCAUGGCUCUGAACAGUUACAACCAAGGGGACAUAGAAGGCUCCAAGCGGCUGGGUCGCAAUGCGCUCUGGGUGGCCGUGGCCUCCAUCAUCAUCGGCCUCGUCAUCAUCGGCAUCUACUGCGUGGUUCACUUCACAACGCAUGCUAUCUGAAGAACCAGGACUGCACUUGGAUGAUAUCAACAUGUAAACCUCUGGAGGGGGAAAAAGAAGAGAUGGAAACCAUUCCAGACUGUUAGCUCUGACCCUACAAGUCUGCAGAGGCAUGUUGCUGGUGAAUGAACUGAUAGCCCAGUUAGUUAAUCAGCAUGGCGUGACCAGGUUUUCAAAAUUAUUUAUUUAUAAGACAUCUCAGUAUAAAGCAGCAUUUUCUUUUUCACCCUAAUGUAUAAUGAGAUCUUGCCCUAAAAAAAAAAAACCCUUUUCUUUCUCAUUUCCAUGGAAUGUAUGCUGGAUCUGUGAUGUUCCCUGGCUGGCCCCAGCCAGACAAAGCCAAUGUAUCCAGACUGUUUAUGGUGCACAGUGUAAGAUCUGAUGCACAGCCCUCUGAAGCUAGUAGGAGAACUCCUGUUACUUCUGGCAGAUUUUGGAUCAGGCCACUAAGGAUUUUUUCAUUACUUUAAAAUAGUCUCAACAUGACACAACUGUACCCAUGGGUUUGUGAUUUUAUCCUGCUCUGUGAUUUUAUAAUGCUGUGGGUGCACUCUGACUCAGCAGCUGCUUUCUUUUGUCAUCCUCAGCUUUUAGAACAUUACCUUGGAUUUUUAACCACCUGGGACCUAUUUCAAUCACUUGAUUAUUAAGAGAGACUCUUCUUCCAUAGCAUCCAUGUUUUUCUUAAUGAUUUAUUUUUGUUUUGUUGUCUUUCAUUGUUGCACUCCCUUGACUUAGCUCCAGUCUUGCAUUAAAUUUGCACUGAUCAUAUUUUCCUCUUUAAACUUCAUGUAUGUAAAAAGUUCCUGAUUUUUUUUAUCUGACAAAAGAUCUUUUUAAACAGAUGUCCUUCAUCCCUUUGUUGUGCUUCUAGCAAGGCACAUCGUUUCAUUGUGUUCUUCUUUGUUCAUGUGGGUUUUGUUUAGCUCAUCCUCUCAUCUCUAUGACUGGUGUGUGUAUCACUGCAGUUAGAGAUGGACAGACUUUUGCACCUCUGCCUAGUUACAGACACAUUUCCUGAUCCUUAGACACUACUCAGUGAGCAGCCUCGGGUUCCAGAAUUGAUGGCCUCUAAAUUACUGCAGAUUCUUGAUACCUUGUGAAAAUUUAGCACAGGACUGCUGUUUUGAUUAGCUGGAAACUUUCACAGAAUACGUUUUGUCACACAAAUAUUCCAUGUUAAAAGGAGUAAGCUCUGGUGAGCAUUAAGAUAUGGCUGCAUCCUCAGCAGUUGCUGCUGUGUUUGCUUUAUUACCACACUUUCAAGUGAGCUGUGCCAACUUCCACUCCCUCUCCCUGCACCAACAUCAACCUGGAGCAACUGCCCAGAAAUCCAGGGAGUUCUGCAGGUGAGAGAAGAAUCAUCUGUCAGGAGUUCAACAGCCUAUUAAAAACAAAAAAACCUCCCAGAAACCUUUACCUGUUAAAGCAUAUGCCUGGAAGUAGCAUGCAUUUUUUGUGCCUUGAUAUUAUUUUCAAUGUGCUUUUUCGCUUUCCUUCCUGCUAAAUUCUGUUUUUCAUUGAAGUCAGUGAAGCAUCACCUCUCCUUAAUUACUGCAGUAUUAAACUUCACAAACACUGGUGAAGUCAGCUGGUUUAUUAAACAUUUGCACUGAUCAGAUUUGUCCACAUGGGAAUCUUGCCACUGAUUUUGAUGAUCCCAAGAAUUGGCUGUUCUGUGAACUCCUCUUUGGUUUUUGAAUACUAUUUUAAUGGUCUGAUAUGUCUUGUGGGACUUUUAGUAGCUUGCCUUAUUAUCAGAUAUGAUAAAAAUGUCAUUGACAAGUGGAAUAAAAUUACUUUUAAUUCA